AUGGCAAACUUAGAAGAAGCCAAUAGUGUUAAACCUAAAAAAUUUAGCGGUCAUAAUUUUCGUAGGUGGCAAAAACAAGUGAAAUAUUGGUUAACUGUCCUCGGAUUAAUUUCUGCCCUUGAGGAAUCACAACCAAGUACAGAGUCAUCUUCUUGGCUAAACCCAGAACAAAUUGAAUACCAUAGUUUUAAUAGAAUUUUGAGUGCCCUGUCUGAUCAUCUUUAUGAUGUGUACCAUGCUACUACAUCUACUGCCAAAGAACUCUGGCAGGCUUUAGAGGCCGAAUAUGGAAUUGUGGAUGCUGGAAUUGAUAGGUUUACAGUAUCUAAUUUUAAUGGGUAUAAAAUACUUGAAAACAAGUCUGUGGGAGAACAAAUUCAUGAGUAUCAAGAGCUAUUAAGAGGAGUAGAAAAGAAAGGAACCAAAUUUAGUGAAGAUUUAAAGGUCUCUUGUCUUAUUGAUAAGUUACCUCCAUCUUGGGAUGAAUUUGCUAGAACCUUAAGGCAUAAACAAGGAGAACUUACUUUGGUUCAAGUAAUAAAUUCUCUAAGAGUUGAAGAGAAACAUAGGUCAAGCCAAAAGAAAGAAAUUGAGAAACCACCAACUGUGAACUUAGUUGAGAACAACAGCAACAAAAAUAAGGAUAACAAGUCUAAGUUCAAUACUCGGAACAAUAAGAAGAAUUUCCAACCAAGGAGAAGAACCAAUCAUGUGGCUAAGGACUGUUUUCAUAAGAAGACUGAGGUGUACAGAUCAAAGUCAAAUCAUAAUGGUUCAAGAGCUCAAGUGCAUAUGCUGGUGGAACAAGAGCCCUCCCAAACAAACUUUAAGUAUGAUUCUUUAGUCAAUUUUACUUAUCAAAAUAAGGACUGGUGGUUAGAUUCUGGAGCUAAUAUACACGUUUGUUUUGAUCAUGGUUUUUUCAAAAACUACCAGAAAUCAAGUGGAGGAAGUGUAACUCUAGGAAAUGACACAGUCGCACAAGUGCUUGGAAUUGGAGAUAUAGAACUAAAGAUGACAUCUGGAAAGGUUUUAGUAUUGAAGGAAGUGCGACAUGUACCUGAUGUUAGAAGAAAUUUAAUUAGUGGAUCUUGUUUAGUACAGCAAGGCUACAAAGUUGUAUUGGAAUCAAAUAAGGUUGUAAUAACCAAGAAUAAUGUAUUUAUUGGUAAAGGUUUUAUCUGUGAAGGAUUGUUCAAGUUAAAUGUACAUUCAGAGGUUAUUCAUCCUAAAGUUUUUAAUAUGGAAUCAAGUAAUGUUUGGCAUGGAAGGUUGGGGCACAUAAACUUGAUGAAAAUAAAAAAGAUGAUGGAUUUAGACUUAGUUCCGAAGUCAGCCUUAAACCUCAAGCACAAGUGUGAAAUUUGUGUACAAGCUAAACAACCUAAAAAACCCUUUAAGUCUGUUGAGAGGAAUACCCAACUUUUGGAGCUUAUACACAGUGAUGUUUGUGAUUCAAAUAGGCCACCUACUAGAGCUGGAAAUAAGUAUUUUGUGACAUUUAUAGAUGAUUGUUCGAAGUACUGUUAUAUUUAUUUGAUAAAGACCAAGGAUGAAGUAUUUAACAAAUUCAAAGUUUACAAGAAUGAAGUAGAAAAUCAAUUAGAAAGGAGAAUUAAGAGAUUUAGGUCUGAUAGAGGUGGUGAAUAUACUCUCAAUGAUCUUAGUGUGUUUUGUGAAGAGCAUGGUAUAAUACAUCAAGUGACAGCACCCUAUUCUCCACAAUCUAAUGGAGUUGCAGAAAGGAAGAAUAGGACUUUAUUGGACAUGGUGAAUGCAAUGUUAUUGAGUUCUGGAUUACCCGGCAAUUUGUGGGGGGAAGCAAUUUUGACUGCAUGCUUCAUAUUAAAUAGAGUUAUUGUUAAAGACAACACUACUACUCCAUAUGAAGUUUGGAAGAAGAGAGCUCAUAAUCUUCAAGUCUUGAAAGUGUGGGGGUGUUUGGCUAAAGUUGCAAUCCCUGAACCUAAGAGGAAGAAGAUUGGACCAAAAACUGUGGAUUCUGUUUUCUUAGGUUAUGCUCAUAAUAGCAAUGCCAAUAGGUUUCUAGUCAUAAAUUCUGAAAUAAGUGAAAUUUCUAAUAACACAAUAUUGGAGUCAAGGGAUGCAACUUACUUUGAGGACAUAUUUCCUUUCAAGACUAGAAUUCAGAAGCAAGUAGUAGAUAGAUCUAGAUCUAAUAAUGGUUCUGAUAAAGCCUCCACUAGUACUAGUCUCCCAGUUGUAAAUGAAGCAGAGCCUCUAGCAGAACCUAGAAGGAGUAAGAGACCUAGAGUAGAAAAAAGUUUUGGAGAUGAUUUUUAUACAUUCUUGGUUGAGGGAGAUCCUACAACUUAUAGAGAAGCUAUGAUCUCAAUAGAUGCUCCGUUUUGGAAAGAGGCAAUAAAUAGUGAGAGUCAAUCUAUUUUACAAAAUAAUACUUGGGAAUUAACAGAUUUACCACCUGGGACUACACCAAUUGGUUGUAAAUGGGUGUUUAGGAAGAAAUUGAAGCCAGAUGGAAGUAUAGACAAAUACAAGGCUAGAUUAGUAGCCAAGGGAUUCACUCAAAAGAAAGGAAUUGAUUAUUUUGAUACUUACUCCCCUGUCUCUAGGAUCACUACUAUUCGGACCCUUAUAGCAUUAGCCUCCAUACACAACUUAGUAGUUCAUCAAAUGGAUGUUAAAACAGCGUUCUUGAAUGGAGACUUAGACGAAGAAAUCUAUAUGGAGCAACCUGAGGGAUUUAUUGUGAAAGGUCAGGAGCAUAAAGUAUGUAAGUUGGUUAAAUCAUUUUAUGGACUUAAGCAAGCUCCUAAGCAGUGGCAUGAAAAGUUUGACAAAGUCAUUUUAGAAUAUGAUUUUAAGAUAAAUGAGCAUGAUAAGUGUGUUUACUACAAGGAGUGUGAUGGAGAUUGUGUUAUAUUGUGUCUUUACGUUGAUGAUAUAUUAUUAUUUGGAACAAAUCUGAAGAUUGUGAAAGAUGUGAAGUCUUAUCUAUCAAGGAAGUUUGAUAUGAAAGAUCUAGGAGAAGCCUACAUUAUUUUGGGAAUGAAAUUAGAAAGAACACAAGCUGGCUUUACUUUGGAUCAAUCUAGUUCAAUCGAGAAAAUGCUCAAAAAGUUCAACUAUUUUACUAGCAAUCCAGUUUCAACACCCUAUGAUCCUAGUGUGAGCUUAAAGAAAAAUAAUGGUGAGCCUGUGUCUCAACUUAAGUAUUCACAAAUGAUUGAAUCUUUGAUGUACAUUGCAAAUAAAACUAGGGUAGAUAUAGCCUAUGCUGUAGGAAGAUUGAGCAGAUAUACGCAUAACCCAAGUAGAGAUCAUUGGAAUGCUUUAGAGCGAGUGUUCAAGUAUUUGAGAGGAACUUUGGAUUACUCAAUAUGUUAUAAAGGUUUUCCUUGUGUAGUAGAAGGGUAUAGUGAUGCUAAUUGGAUUACAGAUAGUUCUGAUGUAAAGUCUACUUCAGGAUAUGUAUUUUUGUUAGGAGGAGCAGCUAUAUCCUGGGCAUCCAAGAAACAAACAAUAAUUUCAAGAAGUACAAUGAAGUCAGAACUUAUAGCUCUUGAUACUACAUGCACUGAGGCUGAAUGGAUUGAGAAUUUUUUGCUUGAGAUACCCCUUGUGAACAAACCCAUACCAGCUUUUUCUAUUCAUUGUGACAAUAAGGCUGUCAUAGAUUUAGUAAGACAAGCUCAUACAAAUAAGAAAAUGAAUAGACACAUUCAAGUUAGAUAUAAGUCUGUGAGAAGCCUAUUAAAUAAGGAAGUGGUAUCCUUGGAUUUUGUGAAGUCAGAAAAGAAUAUUGCUGAUCAGUUGACCAAAGGUCUAUCUAGGAAUGCAGUCCUAGAUUUGUCGAGGGGGAUGGGCCUAAGCCCGUAA